AUGGCGCACGCGUCGCUCUCGACUCCAGUCGCCCGCGUCGGCCUCGGCGCGCGCAAAACGCGCGCGCCGAGACGCGUCUCCACCGUCGCCCGCGCCGGGAAGACCGGCGCGGGCGACGACGACAACGCCGACGACGGCGCCAAGUUCAUGGGCCGCAGAGGCACGUAUCGCAAGGAGGUGGAGGACGACGCCGAGACCGCCGCGGCUCGCUCCUCCGUCAAGCAGCAGGGCGGGUUCGGCAAGCCCGUCACCGCCAAGGAGACGUGGCAGCCCUUCCAGCGAACCGCGCGCGCGGGCUUGCUCGAGGCGGCCGAGGGCGAGCGGACCGGCUCGGGCGAAUCCCGCGACCUCGUCCUCACGUCGCUGUACAUCAGCAUGGAGGACGACGCGUUCAAAUCGCGCACCGCCGUGUGCCUCCCCAUCGCGGCGUACGUGAAGCGCGUGGACAAGCUCAUGGACGAGUUCACGGCCCGCGAGCUCCCGGCGCUCGUGCAGGCAAAGAACGGCGCCGCGCUCACCACCCCGGAGAUCAUCGAAGCCCUCGAGACGCACCUCUUUGUCACCAACAAGUACUGCGCGCCCAAGGGUUGGAGAGAGCUCUACUCGCCGUACAGGACGUACUUCCACAACGUCGUCGCGCAGAAGGUGGGCAUCCCCGCCACCCUCGCCGCGCUCUACAUCGGAUGCGUCGACAGGCUCCGCGCCAAGGGCGUCAUCCCGGAGGGCGAGGGCGUCGACGUGUUGAUCCGGCCCAAGGCGAGAAACGGGAUGGCGGGCGUCACCGCGCCCGUCGCGCCGUGGGGCGUCCCCAGCGGCGCCAAGCGACCGGCCAACUCCGUCGUGUGCACGCACAACAUGGCGCUCAAGCUGCAGCUCGCGGCGCUCAAGCGCGCGUACUGGCCGUGGGAGUGGGACGACUCGCGCGACAGCGGCGUCCUCCUCGCGGUGGAGGCGGCGGCGUACGGCCAGGAGAAUCGAAUGAACACCGCCGCCGGCUUCGUCGGCAUCAUCCAGCCGAGCGGGCGGCCGUUCGGGGACUUGCCCAUGGCGAUCCUCGCCACCGAGCGGCUCCUCGAACUGGACGGCGGCGAGGGGUACGAGCAGCGCGACCUCGGCGUGCUGAUGUUCCACGACGGGAAGAUCAAAGAGGCGCUCGAGCACCUGGAGGCGUUUGAGCUGUGGCGGGAGGGCGGCGGCGACGACGCGGCGCCCAACCUCGUGUCGGACGUUCUCAACGCGGGUGGGACCGACGCGGUGCUGGCGGCGGAGUUGCAGGUGCGGGAGGACGAGGCGUUGGCGAAACUGAUGCUGGACCUGAGGCGGAUGGCGCUCGAGGAGGCGCUGGAGGGGGGGAUAAAAUCCGGCGACGUCUGA